AUGAAUGACGUCCGAUUUUGCCACACACAGAGUCAGCGGACAUCAUCAUCAGAUGACUCCCCAGUACAGUCAGUUCUACGUGGGAAAGGACGUCGGGGUCGUCGGCAAAGUGGCAGAAGCAGAGGUAGAAGCACUCUGCAAUCAAUAGAAGAGGAAUCGUUCAUCCAAUCAUCAGAUUGGGAACCUGAACCAGAACAGGCAGGGGGAGAUCGUGGGCGACGAGGAAGAGGAGGAAGAGGAGCGAGAGGGAGAGGGAGAGGACGGGGCGCCGUGCUACAGCAAGAAGAGGAAGGGUCAUCUGGCCAAGGUGCUGCUGCUGCUGCCGGACCCAGCACUCGCGCACCAACGGGAAGGAGGCGAAGUCGAGCGUCGAGAAAACUGGCUUUGGCACGAGAGGACGAGGAGAGGAUUGCGGAACAGCAACGUGAGAGGGAAGAGGAAAUCGAUCGCAUUAUAGAGGGCAUGAGCCUAGAAGACCAUGUGCAACUCACACGUCAGAUGCUGAUUAAGCAACCAGGAGUGCUCUAUGAUGUGUUGUUGGACUUUCAACAUCUGCGUGUUCCUCCUCCAAGACCUGCUGAACCCCCUGUCCUGCGAUGGUGUAUAUGUGACAACUGUGUUCAGAUGCCAUCAAUUCUGGAAAAUAAAUGCUGUGGCCAAGUUCCAGAAAACUGUAUAAGCUUGCUACGCCACUUCAAACACUACUGCUUGGAUGCUGGCUACCUGCGUAUUCACCGCCAAUACAGGGAGGAGAUUACUGUCUUGGGUCAGCUAAGGGAGCCAGGCGAUGACAACAGGGAGUUCCGGUAUGCUGCGUACAGACAUUAUAUAUUUUGGCAGUAUGGAUCACUGGGUGGAGGAAACCGAAAGGUUAUCCCAAGCUGUUGUGUAUUCAAGAUCAGGGAGACCUUUCCAGAUCCUCAUGGACAGUACAGAGGCUACACUCCAGGACUGUAAUUUUUUAUUGUG